GACGUGCCAUCUCGCAUGCCGUAUAAGGGCCGCGAUGCCGGCGACGUCCAUCUGCUCCAACGUUUCCAAUGGUUAUUGCCAUGGUGAACUCACCUAGCCUCCCGAUCUUGGCAGCAAUAGCGGCGAGCGUGGCGAGGACGACUCCGUCGCCUUUGCUGCGUGACGCGGCGGCGACGGCACGUGGGUGGCGUCCUUGCCUUCACCGGCCGCCGACGACGUCCGCCGCUCGGCGCGCCGGCGUCUGGUGCAGCGGGACAACGCCGCCGGAGGUGCCGACGCCGACGCCGGCCGAGGUGCCGGGACCGGACCGCUCGCUCGAGGAGCUCCCGAACAUCGACAUGCCGCCGGAGUUCAACCCGCCGCCGGGGCUGGACGUGCCGAUGCCGCCGCCGGGCACGCCGAAGCCCGGCCCGGAGCUGCCGGGCCCGUCGAUACCUUCGCCGCCGGUGCCGGAGGUCCCGAACGUGCCGCGAAACCCCGACGUGCCGCCGCCGCAGCCGCCGGACGUGGGCCCGCCGAGGCCCCCGCCCGAGGUCGUCCCGGAGCAGCCGCCGCCGGACGUCGAGCCGCCUAGCUUCAUAGUAUGACAGCGGCGGUGAGCCGGCGACACGCACGUGCCACGUGGCGCCUGAGAUAGAGAUGACGUGGCGUAAUGGGCGUUCGGGACUCUCCCAGAGAACACCUGACGUGCCCUCCUCGAACUUCGUCUAGUUUUACUGUUAUUUUUCUCUGUAGUUUUGUGUCACGAUUAUCCGUUUGUAAAGCUGGCUUUACGAGUUUCUUUUUGUUUAAUAUGUAUCACACUUGUUGAUGGAGAAGAAAAACUAAAGGGAAACUUAACAGAAUUA